AUGACAGGAUUACGUGUAGCAGUGGAGGAAUCGAUGAGAGAAAUGGAGUUGUUAAUCAAUGUGGACAACGUUCAACUGGAAGCCCUAGACCGCUUGGACGACCGUCGAUGCUCAUAUCUUGAUUCCAAACUUGACAAACUUAUCCACAAACAAGAUUUGCAAUUCGAGGAAUUAAUCAAGAAACUUGGCCGGAGUGAGGAUCAGGACUCCAUGUCUCAAAAGCAAUUGGAGAAGUGGGAUUCCAAACUCAAUCGACCGGAAAGUGCUCGAGUGACAAUGGUUACAAUUCCGGCAUGUCAACAAGGUAAUUUUCCAUCUCCGGUUGUGAAUCUUGUCGAAAUUGUGGCUUCUGAAGUUGUUCCCUCAAAAUUAGAUGGUUAUUCUUUGUUGCUAGAUGACAAUAUUAUUGGGCCUGAUGAUGUGAUGUCUUUGAUUGAAGCUAUUAGUAAUAAUGAGAAUACUGUUAAAUUGAAUACAAUGAAUGAAGUAUUAUUUUCACAUGAUGAUGAAAUUGCUGAGAGUGUUGUAUGUGUCCAGUCAAAUAUGGAUUCUAUGAGUAGGGAUGAAGGACAUGAUUACAUGCCUUUUGGUUUCAUGAAUGUAGAUAGAAAUUCUAUUGAGGACGAUACUCGUAGUAAACAUUUGAAAUGUGAAACUUUGGUUGUUGAAUUUGAUUGUGGUAAUGGAAUGGAUUAUUUUAAGGAUAAAGUGGAUAAAUCAUGGUUCAAGAUUGUAACUGAGUGUAAAGAUGUAACUCGUGUGGAUAUUGGAACUCAUGGGAUUACAAACUAUAAGGUCAUCAAUCCAAGCCCUACAGUUGUGGAAGAUCAAGCUAAAUUGGCUGGAAAUGUCGAGUUGAUUUGGUUUAUAGUUGUUGGCCUACUUGAAGUUGAUUGUGGUGUUUUUUUUGAUAAAGUAAAGCUAGUAACUAUAGUGAAAGAUGUUUUGGAAUACAAACAGGACACAAAAGUCUUGGCCUUUGGUUAUCACUUGUCUUAG